AUGAAUUUGUCUUCUAAUUCUGUGAUUGAUCUGAGUUCGAACCAUUUCAAUGGUUCGUUACCUUAUGUAUCCUCUAAUGUGACUGUGCUAGAUCUUUCUAACAAUUCAUUUUCUAGAUCUAUUUCUCACUUUUUGUGUUACAAGAUGAAUGAGCCCAAACAAAUGCAACUUCUCAAUCUUGGAAAAAAUCAUUUAUCUGGAAAAAUACCUAAUUGUUGGAUGAAGUGGAACAACUUGAUGCUCCUAAAUUUAGGAAUCAACAAUUUCACUGGCAACAUUCCAACAUCCCUUGGAUCUUUGACUCUUCUUAAUUCUUUGCACCUACACAAAAACAAAUUGUCUGGAAAAUUACCAUCAUCUUUGCAAAAUUGUGACAAUUUGAUGACCAUUGAUGUUGCUGAAAAUGAGUUUGUUGGAAGCAUACCUUCAUGGAUAGGCCAUAAAUGUUCAAACUUGAUGAUUCUUAGCCUUCGCUCAAAUAAUUUUCUUGGUCACAUACCGGCAGAACUUUGUGCUUUAACUUCACUCCAAAUCAUGGACCUUUCAUGUAAUAAGCUAUCUGGAAGCGUACCGAGAUUUGUUAAAAAUUUUAGUGCCAUGGCCACAAAAGAUACUUCAAAUGACGCCAUGGUUUUUUAUCCCUCAACGUUUUAUUAUGGUGAAUCAUUCCCUCUUGAAAGUGCAUUGCUUGUGAUAAAAGGGCAGAUUCUUGAGUAUAGUACCAUUCUCCGAUUGGUAAAAAGUAUAGACCUUUCAAUGAACGGUUUAUCAGGAGAGAUACCCAUAGAAGUGACCACUCUCCAAGGAUUACAAUCAUUAAAUUUUUCAUAUAAUCUCUUGAUUGGAAGUAUUCCAGAGAAUAUAGGUACUAUGGGAUCACUAGAAUCUAUUGAUUUCUCUGUGAACCAACUUUCAAGUCAAAUUCCCUCAAGCAUGUCAAGUUUGACAUUUUAA